AUGGCCCCCUCGAAGUGCACAAGGCAGCCGGUCGCACGCCCAAGGCAAACCAGGCCGCCGAUCGGGCCAGCAACCGGCGGGGCAUCGAACAGCAGACCAUCGAGCAACUACUACGGCCAGAGACGCGUCGCGGAGCCCGCCCACGGGUACCACAGAGCUGCAUGGACGGGCUACGCCGGCUACGCGCCCCCGUGCGCAGCUCCCCAGUGGCCCAUGACGCAGCCAGUCAGCCCGGGAAUUCUUCACAGGGCCUCUGAGCCAGCCUUGGAGCUGCCAGCGCAUGCAAAGGCUGUCUUGGAGACUCACUCCCGAAAGCUGGAAGAUCAGAAGCAGAAGCUCUGCCCCGUGGGCCAGCGGGUUUUCUCAGCACUUCGCAACGCCAUGUCCCAGGCGGCUUCAGAGCAGUGGGUUGAGUUUGAAAGGGCCUUCCGACAGCACCUGGCGAGAUGCCGCUUGGGGCUUCCUUCGCUGGAGCGCGUGGCGUCUGGGCAAUGGAGUUGCAGUCUAGCCGGCAGGGAUUUCUUGGUUUCUCUUCGCACAGAGGUGCUGGCCGAUGGUCAGGAGGCUAAUGACUUCCUUGCACGCUUGAAGCAGGAAGCUCGCAGGGUUCGCGGCACGCUCUUCGAGCACGGUGCGUGGUGGAUGAAAUCGUUGGUCCAAGGCUUGGCCAGCAAGGAAGACUUCUUGAAGCAAUGUCGGGUUGCCUGGCCUCAAGGAUGUGCAGGUCUGAGCCGCAGUAGUGGUCGCGAGGAUGCUUGCGAAUGGUGCGGGUGCUCAAAAGCAUCCUCCCACCUGGCAGGAAGCCACCUUUGCAGAGUCAUGGCCCAGUUCUGCUGCGAGAGCUGCUCCUCCAAGUGGUGGAGCGUCCAGGCGCGCUUCGACCCCCAGCAGGAAAGGGUUCUAGGGCAGAAGUGCAAGUUCUGCGAACUGCAUGGCCUUGUCUUGGCUUGGUGUUUUUCGGAGCCUCAGGACGUGCUGAACAGUGGCACCAAGUAUCACCGCAGCGACUUGUGUGAAGCGUGUGGUAGGUUCGGAAAUUGCCAAGGUGCUUUCUUCGAGCCCUUUAUCAUGUCUGCAGCCAUCGAGCUAUUGGCCCGAAAGCCCUGGUGGUACACAUCAGGUGGUGCCUUGCUGGCUCAGGCAGGACCCUUUUUUGUGACCAUGUUGCCCCAUGUCGUUUCAACUGCUUGA